CAGUGAGCGGUGAUGAAGUCGGUGAAGCAGGAGGUCGAUAACGAGGCGGCGCCGGAGAGGAGCUACGAGGAGUUGGUGGUCAAUGUGAACGCCAUCGCGCAGCCUCUGGCCUCCCGCAAACUCAGCAAAAAACUGUACAAGUGCGUGAGGAAAGCUGCGAAACUGAAGCACAUCCGCCGGGGCGUGAAGGAAGUUCAGAAAUUCAUCAACAAAGGGGAGAAAGGGAUAGUUGUGUUGGCUGGUGAUACUCUGCCUAUUGAUGUUUACAGCCAUCUGCCGAUCUUGUGUGAAGAUAAGGACAUCCCCUAUGCUUACAUUCCUUCUAAAUCGGACCUGGGAGCUGCAGCAGGAUCCAAGCGACCAACAUGCGCAAUAAUGAUCAAAGCUCAUGAUGAAUAUCAAGAAGCCUACACAGAGUGCUUCGAUGAGGUGCAGACACUACCCCUUCCCGUGUGACUUUAGAUCUGAAUGAGACUGACCAGCCUUCUUACCCAAAACACAUCAGCUAUUAUAUCUCCAGUCAAUGUGGAGCACCGGAAGACAGUUUUUGAAUGAACUGUGAAAUUAACUCCUGUAAAUGUUGUACCUUUGAUUUGCAGUUUAUGGCAUUUGAUAUGCAAUGUUUAAACAUUCUUUAGAAUGGCUCAUGAGUUGUAAAACACAACAAAAAUAUCUGGUUAUUCUUUGAAUUGUUCAUUAUUUGCAGGUGUUACUUUUUAUUCCAUUGGUGUCAUUAAAGUAAAAUUAAGAUGUUAAGAUGUUUUAUUGUGAAAAAUAUCUAAUUGAAUAAACAUUGUUGAAUUACUUG